AUGUCGAGUUCCUGGACUCCGCCCACAAACCACACCACAAGACCCGUCGCCAUCCUUGGCGGAGGUGUCCUUGGCCGCCGUAUUGCCUGUUGCUGGGCGUCGGCCGGCUACACGGUCCACAUCCGAGACCCGAGUCGGCAGCAACGCGAGGCCGCAGUCAAGUUCGUCGAGGAAAACGUGUCGACCUACGCCCAAAACUUUAGCGGCUGCAAGAAUGUCGGGUCCGCCGUCGGGUUCGACUCGCUCACCGACACGGUCGCCAACGCGUGGAUCGUCUUCGAAGCGGUGCCGGAGAGGCUCUCCAUCAAGAUCGACACCUUCGCCGAGCUCGAGGCCCACGCGCCGCCCGACGCCCUCCUCUGCUCCAACUCGUCGUCGUACAAGUCCAGCGAGAUGCUCGACAAGGUGUCGGAUGCCACCAAGAGGCGCAUACUCAACACGCAUUACAUGAUGCCUCCCAAGAACAUGGUCGUGGAGCUCAUGACCGACGGCCACACGGAUCCCGCCAUCUUCCCUUUCCUGGUCGAGAGGCACCGGGAGGCGGGGCUCAAGCCGUACGUGGCGAGGAAGGAGUCGACGGGCUUCAUCUUCAACCGGGUGUGGGCGGCCAUCAAGCGCGAGUUCCUGAUGAUAAUGGACGAGGGCGUGUCGGUGCCGCAGGAGCUGGACGAGGUGUGGGUGGAAAUGUUCGGCCCCAAGACGGUGCCCUGCGACAUGAUGGACCAGGUCGGCCUGGACACGGUCGCCUUCAUCGAGCAACACUACAUCAAAGAGCGGGGCCUGCCGUCGUCGCACCUGGAAUACCUGCAGGAGCACUACGUGUCAAAGGGCAAGCUGGGCCGCAAGAGCAGCAAGGGCGGCUUCUACACCACCACCACCACCCCGACCACCACCCCCUCCGAACCCACCAUCCUCGUCCUCGACACCGGCCUCUCCCAGCCCCUCGCCGGCGCCACCACCGUCGCCGCCGUCGCCAACCGCGGCCGCAUCCUCUCCAUCCAGCCCACCAGCUCCGCCUCCGGGUCCCCCGCCAGCACCGCUACCGCCACCGCCACCCCGCUCCUCGACUCCCUCGCCCUCCCCGACGGCAUCGUCCUCGACCACGCCACCAACCGCAUCAUCUGGACGCACAUGGGCGUCCCCUCCUCGCCCUCCGACGGCGCCGUCCUCGCCGCCAGCCUCGACGACCCCACCGGCAGCGUCCACGCCCUCGUCCCGCCCGGCGCCGGCAUCCACACCCCCAAACAACUCGCCCUCGACCCCGUCCACCGCAAGCUCUACAUCGCCGACCGCGAAGGCAUGCGCGUCCACCGCUGCAACGCCGCCGACGGCAGCGGCCUCGAGACCGUCGUCGAUGCCUCCACCGCCGGCGAUGACGAUGACGAAGAAGGACAGCAGCAGCAGCACACGCGCUGGUGCGUCGGCGUCGCGGUGGCGCCCGCGCUCGGCCGCUUCUUUUGGACGCAAAAGGGCCCAGCGAAGGGGGGGAAGGGGCGCGUCUUCAGCGCUGCGAUGGCGGAGCCGCUCGCGACGAAGACGUGUUUGGUGGAGGGGUUGCCGGAGCCGAUUGAUUUGGUGGUGGUUGAGGACGAGGCAGAGGGGGGUCGGGCACUGUGGUGGACGGAUCGCGGGGAGGUGCCGUUUGGGAAUACUUUGAAUCGGAUGGCGUUGGAUGGGGAGGGGAAGCCCGUUGGUGGUGAUGGGAAGGGCGUGGGGGGUGGGAGGGUGCAUGAGGUGGUUGCGCAGAACUUUGAUGAGGCGAUUGGGUUGGAGAGGGAUGCGCGGAACGGGUGUUGGUAUGUUGCGGAUCUGGGCGGCACGGUGUGGAGGGUGAGGGAGGAUGGCGCUAAGGAGGUCGUGUAUCAGGAUAAGAAUUGCGCUUUUACUGGGCUGGCGCUGACUUACUAG